AGCCAACUAAAUGACCCGGAAGUGAAAUGCUUGAAUUAAUAGUGUCCGUCUACUGUGGGCUCUGUGUGUAUGGUUCCAUCUGAACAGGGGCCACUGGUGCCCCACCUUUAACAGACAGCAUGGAACCUCGUCACGGGAUCAUGAAAGCCUUCCCCAAAGUUAAAAGGGCCAGAGUACUACAGGGAAAGGAUGUACCCCCACUAAAGAAGAAACCUGAUGAAUGUGAAGUCACAGGAAACACUUUUAACGAUGUCACAGUGUACAUCCUGCCCUCUGGAAUAGGAAAUGCCAGAUGCCAGAUCUUUCAAAGACAAAUUCAGCAGAAUGGAGGACAGACAGAAAGUUCACUGUGUCCCGGUGUCACUCAUGUUGUUGUAGAUGACAGCAUGGACAGUGACAGGGCUCUGCGCUUACUGAAAGUGGAUUGUAUGCCCUCUGGAGUCCAACUGGUGAAGUGCACUUGGGUGAGCUUGUGCAUUAGUGAGAAACAACUGCUAGACGUCAGCAGCUACAGCCUUCUUUUACCCAAGAGGGACUCUGAAACACAACGUGAAAAUAUGAAAGAAGAGUUGCCAAAUGUCAAACCUGCUGCAGAUGCUAUUGUAGAGCCAGAGUCUCAUCAAACCAAACAAGGGGAGACCUUAGACAUGGCAGCACCAGGUACCAAAGAGGAACCGCGAGGAGAAGAAGAUGAUGUCUCUCAGAGAGACCUGGAAGCGCUCAUCACUGGACAACACCCCAAAGAGGAGACUCCUGGCCCAAGCCUCAACCCCAGUACAGACGCUGCUGCUCAGAAAGCGAUUCCGGGGAAGUGGGUCUGUGCCCAGUCCUCACAGUCCAAAAGUAAUAACUUCAACAAGCACAUCACAGACAAACUAGAAGUGCUGGCUAAGGCCUACACACACCAGGGGGACAAGUGGAGGGCGCUUGGCUACUCCAAGGCUGUCAACGCGCUGAAGAGUUACCACAAGCCUGUUACAUCAUAUCAGGAGGCUUGUCAGAUUCCAGGAAUCGGAAAACGAAUGGCCGAUAAAAUUGAUGAGAUAAUGGAGAGUGGUCAUCUCCGGAAGCUAGACCACAUCGGGGAGGCUGUGCCAGUACUGGAGCUUUUCACUAACAUUUGGGGUGCAGGAGCAAAGACUGCGCAACUGUGGUACCAGCAGGGAUUUCGCACUUUGGAGGACAUCCGCACAAAAGCCCACCUGAACAGCACUCAGAAAAUAGGACUCAAGCACUACGAUGACUUUCUAGACCGUAUGCCCAGAGAAGAAGCAGCAGCCAUUGAGAAAGUGGUAAGGGAUGCCGUCCAGGCUAUAGAUCCAGGCCUGGUGGCAAUGGCAUGUGGCUCCUACCGUCGGGGAAAAGCCACAUGUGGAGAUGUUGAUGUGCUUAUAUCUCACCCUGAUGGCAAGUCCCACAAGGGCGUUUUCAGCAAAGUGUUACAGACCCUCCAUGACAGUGGGUUUUUGACAGAUGACCUGGUGUCACAUGAGGAGAAUGGAGAGCAGAAGAAAUACAUGGGUGUGUGCCGCCUCCCAGGACCCGGCCACCGCCAUCGGAGGCUGGACAUCAUCAUCGUGCCCUACAAUGAAUUUGCCUGUUCUCUCAUGUAUUUCACUGGGUCGGCACACUUUAACCGCUCAAUGAGAGCCCUGGCAAAGACAAAAAACAUGAGUCUAUCAGAGCACUCGUUAAACAAAGACGUGAUGCGUCAGGGAAACUUGAAGGUGUAUGGCGGCACUCCACUUCCUACGCCGACGGAAAAGGAUGUUUUUAGUCUUUUAGGCAUACCAUACAGGCAGCCUCAUGAAAGGGACUGGUGAUGAUUUUCCAAUUAUAAUGCCAUGUCUGGUUUUAUAGAAAAAUAAUGAUGAUGAUGAAUGAUGACAACGAGAAACUGCAAUUAUGCUCAAACAACCAAUUAUAAGAAUGUUUUACUGCUCCACAGAUCACAUAUGAGCCCUGUUUGACUUGAAUGCUAAUUUUAUUCCACAGAUAAAAUGGUAUGCCCACUCACAUCUCAAAAACAACAUAUUUUCUCACUUAAUCUUCAUUAUAUCUGUCCCAUCAGGUUGUUUACACUGGAUAUGCUGAGGUUUUCAAAAUGUUCACCUCUGAAACUUCCACUGCGAGCCCAAUAUAACACAGUGAGUGGAGUUUGGUUGUUAAUUUCUAGAGCCUUUAAAAAUGGGACGGUUUCUUUAGUAGAAGGCAGCUGGAUUAAGCUAGGAACACUAUUAAAAAUAUGUUGUUGUGAAGUUUUUAUUAUACAAAGUUUUUUGAGGAAAGUUUCAAAGGUGCAUAUCUCCAAAUCUCAGCAGGUAAAUACCAGACUAUCUGCGGAGCUAGAUGCCAUUAGAGGAAAGUGAAAAAAUAGGUGAUUGUGCAAGUUGAGUGAACUGCCCCCUUAAUGACAUUUUAAUGUAAGUGCUUGAUACAAAAUAUUUUAUGACAGAUCAGUAAUGAUAAUAAAGC